UCCAGGAAUACUAAUAGGAAACCCAUGUCGUCUGUGGGCCGUCCAGAUGAACCAUCCGACGGCGCCAGAAGCAGCUUCGAUCUCUACUGGUGCUACCAGUGCCAUCGGACGGUCAGGAUUGCGUCCGAUGGGCCAGCCGGGAUCGUCUGCCCACGAUGCUCCGGCGAGUUCCUCUACCAGAUCGAUAACACGACAAGGCAGCUCCCCGUCUUCGAGUUCACCGCCUACGAUCCAUCGCCGGAUGCCCGAAUUCUAGAAGCUCUGGCCCUCAUGCUUGAUCCCAUGCACAAUGCCGCCGGAGCUGACGCGCCGCGGGGACCACAUCACCACCGCCCUCUGGAGGAGGAGGAGCAGCGGAUUCGGAGAUUGUUUCGGCGCAGGAGGAACAGAUGGUACAACAUCGACGACGAUGAUUGGGGCCCGGAGCCUGGGAUUCUAGCCCGGCCCCGGACAUUGAUUAUCCUCCGGCCAUCGGACCCCGAUCAUGAAGAUCAGAAUUUGCCGCAGCGGGGGCUGGUCCCGCCGGGCCUGGACCCUCGGAACUACUUCACAGCUCCUGAAUUACAAGAGCUGAUCGAAGAAUUGACCCAGAACGACCGGCCAGGCCCGCCGCCGGUACCGGAAUCAGUCAUCAACGCAAUUCCAACGGUCAGGAUCGCGCCGAACCAUCUGGAAAUGGACUCGGAAUGUCCUGUCUGCAAGGAGGAAUUCAAACUCGGAAUGGAAGCCAUGGAGCUUCCCUGCCAUCACGUCUACCAUUCCGAUUGUAUAGUUCCAUGGCUGAGGCUGCACAAUUCGUGCCCCGUCUGCCGGGAGGAACUCGAGAUUCCAACUGAAAUCGAGGAAAUUGAUCAGGUAGAGGAGACUCACAGUGAUGGCAGCAGAGAGGGGCGGUGCUGGCGGCUGAGACAGCUGGCAAACCGUUGGGUGUUCAGAUCAAGAUACCGGUCACUGAACUCUGGCGAGAUCGGAGCAGCCACUCAGCGCCACCAUGAAACUGCAACAGCAUCGACAUCAUGGAGGUGUAAUGUUCUUUAAACAUCCCUCCAAUGGCUGCCAUAGUAGUCGAAAGAACUUGCAGGGGCAUCGGACUUUCAUCAAAUUGGAGGCUUAAUAAACUGAGAAAUUCUGA